AUGACAACCACAACAACGUCACUUUCAAAACAUAUUAAAAUUUUAGAAGGCACGAAAGAUACACUUACGACGCUUUCUCUUGAACAAACUUCCAAUGAUAAUCAAGGUCUCGUUAAAUCUCCACAAGAGAUGAAUUUUUCUUCUUUAAAAGAGGAUGAAAAUGCUAAGGAUGAACAUUCAAAAGAUUCAAAAGAUGAACAUUCAAAAGAUGAACAUGCAAAGGAUGAACAUACAAAAGAUGAACAUGCAAAAGAUGAACAUCCUAAGGAUGAACAUGCAAAGGAUGAAAAUGUAAAGGAUGAAAAUGCAAAGGAUGAAAAUGCAGAGGGUGAAAAGCAAAAAUCAAACCUUGAUCGGAAAACGACGAUAGACAAAAGACUUUCUACUGCGGUUACCGAGGCGAUGAAAGCCGAUGAUGCUAAAGUUGCUACUAAAAUUGAAAAUGAUGGUGAAUUGGUAGUCAAGAAUGAUUUGAAUAUGAGUGAGAUUACAAAAUAUCAGGUUGUUUUGAAUAAUUUACACUUUGCAUUACACGAGAUAGUUGCUGUCAUGGAAUCUUUAACGAAUGUGCCUGAAGAAGAAAUUACUUGUAAUGUUGUCCACAUAGCUUCAAGAUCGGUUUCAAUGUUAGAACAAGAAACUCGUGAACGCCUCUAUAAAAGCAUUGCUCGAUUCUGGGAUGCAUCACAACGUACAACCGCUAAAAUAAAUCCAAAUAUAACAUUCUAUCUUCGUGAAAUUAGAUGUUGCUUGAAAAAAAUUAAAGAUGAUCAAACAAAAUUGGAAUAUGGUUAUCUAAUUUUAAUGGAGCGUUUGGUGAUGGAAUUCCCACAACCAUCUGAAUCAGGAAAUAAUCAUUCACUUAAUCUACUUGAAUUUUGUCAAGAAAUUCUUGACGCGGAUGUUAAGAAACAAUUAUCAGCUAAAGCAAUUGAGCUCCUCUUGAUUAUCCAUGAACUAGUUGAUGCGGUGCAUGGCUCUAAGAUAGAAGAUCAUUUGAAUACAUGGGGCGUGGGUAAAGGAAAACAACGGAAAUUGAUUUUGGACCAAAUUAAAGUUCUCAGGGAAGACAAAAAAAAGAUUUUAAAGACCAUUGAAACUGCACGUACUGAUUAUGAAAAAGAUCAAAUUCGUCAACAGUCUUAUAACGUCGCAACAACUUAUAAUAUCGAACAAAAAGUGGAAAUUGGUAGUCAUGUGGAAACUCAAAAUGUCACCAAUAUUGAGAAUAUCAAUACAAAAAUCGAGAAAGUUGAAACGUUGAACGUUGAAAAUACGACUAUCGAAAGGCAAUUUAUAGAAAAUAUCGAAAAUAAAGUUGAUGUAGAGAAUCAAUUUGUUGAGAAUGUUGAAACUAAAAUUGAAAACGUAAAUGUUAACGUUGGAAAAAGUGUUGAUGUUGAGAAUCAAUUGGUGGAAAACGUUGAUAACAUUAAAAAUGUUGAAAAUGUUGAAAAAGUCGAUAACGUUGGAAAUGUUGAAAAGAUGAAUGUUGAAAAUGUGAAUGUUGAAAUAAAAAUGGAUAAUGUUGAAUACGUGGAAAAUAUUGAAACUCAAUACGUUGAAACAAGAGUUGAGACACAAUAUAUUGGUACUCAAAACGUUGAAAAUGUAAAAGGUACGAAUGCAAAGAUUCAAAACAUUAAUGUUGUAGAAGAGUUAGAUUCACAAAAUCUAUGUGUUGAAACUAUAGAAAACGUUCAAACGAUUAAUAUUAAUAAUUAUGAGACCAAAAAUAUUAACGAGAUAAAGAACAAUAAUGAGAUCAAAAAUUAUGAGGUAAAUAAUACAACAAAUGUAGAAAACAUAAAUAAUGAAAUUAUUACCGAAACUAUAGUACAAAAUACGAUCAUACAACAGGUAGUUCAACCUGGAGAAAGACAAUCCCACUGGUUGGACAAUGUAGUGGCUGUGAUUAAAGAUGUUGAAAAACGAGUAUUAGGUGUAGAUGGAUCAAAUAGAAAGAGCUUAUUGUUUCCCAAUCAUGAUGAUAAUGGAAAAAGAAGGAGUACUCUUUUUUCCGAUGAAGCAAAGAGAAGAAGUACAUUGUCCACUAAUGAUGAAGCAAAAAGAAUGAGUACAUUGUCCACCAGUGAUGAAGCAAAGAGAAAGAGUACAUCGUCCAAUAGUGACGACGAAGCAAAGAGAAGUAGUACACCACCUUUGUCUGACGACGAAGCAAAGAGGAAGAGUACAACAUUGUCCAAUGAUAACGAUGACGAAGCAAAGAGAAAGAGUACAUCUUUAUCCAAUAACGAUGAAGUGGCUAAUAAUAGCACUGUAAAAGACGAAAAUAAUUGA